AUGGCCAAAAACCUUAUGAUCAUAUCAACAGAUGGAGAAAAGGCUUUUGACAAAAUCCAACACCACUUAUUUGUGAUAAAAACUGUGAAGCAACAGUUUAUUAAAAUUCCUGUUAAAUUUAUAAAAAUUAUACUGAAUAUACAGUAUUUCACAGGCACUGUUUCAAAAUAUGAGCUCUUACAAUUUGGGGAAGUACCACCGCUCUUAAGAAACUACCCCCGCAGUCUCAGAACUGCACGGAGCGGGCGCGCCAGGUGCUCCGGGACCCGGGGAGGGAGGCCGGCGGGGGCGGAGACGCGCCGGGGCCACCGCUCGCGCAGGUGCCUGUCCGGGGCCUCGCUACGCCCCGCCUCUCGCCCCUCGGCCGCAGAGCGUCGAUCCGGCCCCGCUCACGCCCCGUCCCCGCGUCCUGCCGACCCUCAGAGCCCCGGAGCCCCGGA